AUGGUUUCAUAUAUAAAAGUACAGCUUGACUUAAACGAAAGAAUUAGUAGAGCAAAAUCCAAUUUCAAAAAGGCACCCAAGGAACGACUUCGUUCCAUAGAUUAUAUUGGUACUAGAUUAGAAGCUUUAGAAGAAUUAUGGCGUCAGUUUAGUUCGACACAUACACAACUCAUUCAAAAUACAGAUUACAAAGAUUUGAAUACUAGUUCCUACGUAUGUAAUAAUGUCUAUGAUUCUACUGAAGAGUUAUAUAUAGAAUACAAAUUUCAACUGAAGGAAACAUUGACUAGUUUAAGGCAGUCCAGUACUGAAAGUGCGACUUGUUCUGAACAAAACAAUAGUAAUAAAGAUCCUAAUUGCAAUUUAAAGCUGCCCAAGAUAUCUAUAUCACCGUUCUCAGGCAAAUAUUCAGAAUGGAUUAGUUUUAGAGAUCUGUUCGUAUCAUUGGUACACAAUAAUAAACAUUUAGAUGACGUACAAAAACUACAUUACUUGAAAGGAUUAUUAGUUGGGGAAGCGGAGCAAUUACUACGUCAUGUACCGAUUACUCACAAUAAUUAUACUAUUUGUUGGGAACAAUUGGAGAAAAGAUAUAAUAAUAAAAAAUAUCUUUCAAACUGUAUUCUGAAAAGGUUUAUGAAUCAAAAAAGCAUCAGUACUGAAUCAGCUAGUACAAUAAAGGAGUUGCUAGAUACUACUAAUGAAUGUCUUCAUGGGCUUAACAAUUUAGGAAUAGACAUCAGUACUUGGGACGUGCUUGUUAUCUAUAUUAUAAGUCAAAAACUAGAUGUGGAGUCUCGCAAGCAGUGGGAGUUCAAAGUCAGCGAGUUCUCAGAUGAGUUGCCUACCUUGAAGCAGUUCCAAGACUUUCUAGAAACUAGAUUUAGAGCGUUAGAGUUUAUUGAUCCAAAAUUGUAUAAGUCUAAUGUAGUGCAUAAAAGUAAUGUUAUUAAUAAUAGCCCUAAAGUAUAUUACACAACCAAUUUUAUAUGUCCUUACUGUUCUGAAAGUCAUCGUUUAGCAAAUUGUAAAAAGUUUUCUAAAGAGGAAAUUAACACUAGACGCGAAUUUGUCCAAUCCAGGGGUUUGUGCUUUAACUGUUUAUGUUCAGGGCACUCUGUAUUUGCUUGUCGUCAAAUCUCUCGUUGCCGUUUAUGCAGACGGAAGCAUCAUUCUCUACUCCAUUUAAAAAAUGUUACCAAUAUCAAUUCAACCGACACUACAGGUAUCGCAAAUCAAUCGGUUGAACAAGAUGUCGUUGCACAUGCAACAACAUCAUCGUCUGUAGAUCAAUCCACUAGUGUCACAGCCUGUGUUUCGACCUCAAACUGUCAAGUCUUACUUGCAACAGCAUUAGUUAGCGCACAAUCGAAAUCAGGUAAUGGUAUCACACUGAGAUGUUUAAUAGAUCCAGGUUCUCAAGCUAGUUUUAUUACUGAAUCUGCUGUGCAAUUGCUGACCUUAAAGAAGAUUCCAUACAAAAGCGUCAUUACAGGAUUAGGAAGUGAUCAGGGUCAUUCAUUGACCUCUAAGUCUAUGGUAUCGCUUUCAUUACAAUCACUUCAUGAUCCCAAUUUUACGUUUAAGGUUCAAGCUUUUGUUUUGAGUAAACUUACUUCAAUCCUCCCUGAGAGGAAAGUUAUUGUAGAACUGUGGUCAGAGUUUUCAAAUAUCAAUCUGGCAGAUCCAUUAUUUCACACACCAAACAAAAUCGAUAUUCUACUUGGAGCUGAUGUUUACAGUCAGAUCUUGUUAGAUGGUGUAAUCAAAGGUCCACCAGGUGUACCUAUAGCUCAGCAAACAACGCUUGGUUGGAUUAUUUCUGGCCCUGUUAAUUUAAAUAAAAAUAAUAUACAAAGGCCACUGAUUAGUAUGCAUAUUGCUCAUGUAAGUGAAGGUGACUUAUUAAAGAAAUUUUGGGAGUUGGAAGCUGAAAACAGUGUAGAUAUUAAAAAUAUUUAUCAGAGGAAGAAAAGAAAUGUGAGAAGAUAUUUACAAACACUAUGA